GCGCAUGCGUACUACUCCACGUUGUGACGCAGACUCUCGCCGCGUAUUCUCGCGUUGGCUAUAUAUAAAAAAGUAAAAUAUAAAGAAUUCAACGAGCAUGCGCAGCUCUGACUAGGAAGUCUCGCGUGAACUGUAAGUUCUUUGCCAAAGCGAGACUUCCCGGCUCCGGCACGGUGCUGCUGAAUGGUGGCGUGAGAGAGGAAGCCGGGACGGUAUACGGGUGCCGGGGCCUCGGGGGUGAGGCGCCCCCUGCAGCUAGUCCUCCACACGUCAGUAGUGCGACUGUCCUGGGCCGUCCAGCGGAGAAUGAGAGGCUCCAUCCGGCCGGCUGCUUGCUGUGUGAGGACUGCUGCCCUCCUUCCUGACACCCGCCCUUCUGCAGCUGGGACUCGGGACCUCACAGUCAAGGUGACCGAUGGCAAUAGCGGCCUGGAGAAGUACAUGGAGAGCUAAAUGGUACUACAGGAGACCGCAAGACCCUGGCCUCUGACAAACCUGCAAACCAGAUUGCCUCCAGAAUUCCCAACGGCAGCCAGCAAGCCGCGGCAGAAAUCGGCACCAAUUCUAAGCACCUAGCCAAGCCUACUAACUUUGGAAAGGCGAACAAUAGACCCAAAACUUUGCUUCAUAGAAACAGUAUGGACAAAAAGAAUGAGAAAUCUUAUGAAAGCAAACCUAAAGAUAUUAGAUGUGCAGAAAAGGGUGAGAGUGGGUCCAUCCAGAAUGGUUUGCUGUCAAUCAGCUCUGGUCUUAUUACCAAUGGCUAUGUAAGCAAAGGUGCUGAGAACGAUGGCAGCGGUUCGGAAAGUGGAUAUGCCGCAGCUAACAAAAGGAAAACCAAGUUUACCAAUGCCAAGCCUGCGGAGAACUCCAGCUUUUUGAUUGGCAAAAUGUCAGACUCUGAAACUAAGCUGGAUCCUGAAAAUUUCAAGACAGAUUUUUUCACAGAUCAGAAAGGGGCGACUAGGGUAGAUAAUGGUAAAGCAACUUGGAAAAAUGAACCUUUAACUACAGGCAUCGGUCGGGGAAAAUCAAACCCUGGAGAUAUUCAGAGGAAAAACUCGGACGCCAAACCUGUUGUAGGAAAGAAGUUCGACGACCGGCCCAAGGGGAAAGCGUCUCCAGUUAGCUCCACUAAGGAGGACUCUUGGACAUUGUUUAAACCUCCUCCUGUUUUCCCGGUUGACAACAGUAGUGCUAAAAUAGUUCCCAAAAUUAGUUAUGCAAGUAAAGUUAAAGAGAACCUCAAUAAAGCAGCCCAGAACAACGCAACUUCUCACUCUUCCCUUUCUUUUUCCACUCAAGCUGGGGAAACGACAUCAUCAAACUGUGUGUCACAGGUCCCCAUGUCUGCCAUGAAGUCUGUAUCUACAAUUAAUUUUGCCAAUGGACCCCUUUUAGUAGGAACUGAUGGGGGUUUUAUGGCUACUGCUGCUAGUACUGUUUCACAUGCACUGCCUGGGGGAGCAGAGCCCUUGCCCACAGAAUCUUCUUCUGCCUCUUCAAAUCCCUCUGAACAAAAGAAAUCUGGCCUUUUUACCUAUCCUUUAAAUAUGCAACAUGCCCUGCCGGACGCUUUGCAGGGAGACCAGUCUGGACAGUCGAAUCAGCAUAGCUUAGGAGAAAUUUUUCAGAACCAGUGGGGCUUGUCUUUUAUAAAUGAACCAAGUGCUGGCCCUGAGACUGCAGCAGAGAAGCCGGACACUGGGCAGGUGGUCUGGGAGCACCCAACUCCUCCUGCAUCACAGGGUGCUGAAACUGUUCCCUCAGGAAAUGAGCGCCCUGUUUUUCCCAAGGCCUAUGAGCUGGAGAAACGGACUAGCCCUCAAGUUCCAGAUGGUGCCACACUUAAAGCAGCUCAUGUUUCUGGGGGAGAUGUGGGUGCGUUAUCUUUAGAGACUCUGCAUAUAUGGGAGCUGCAAAAGCCAGAAGCUGCUAGCCAGGGUUUAUUAGUGUUUCAGGCCAAGGUCUGUGAAAACGAAGAAACUCCUCAGACCCCUCUGAAAAACACUUUACAGACCUCCGCCAAAGAUAAGAGGUACCAUGGAGAUCUUGAUUGCAAAGAUAGCUGGGGUUCUUUUGACCUGAGGGCUGCUAUAAUCUAUCACACUAAAGAAAUGGAAUCUAUUUUGAACUUGCAAAAACAAGGUAAAUUGAGACAGAAAGAUCCCAAUAGGAUAAUCACUUAUAAUGAAGCCAUGGACCACCCUGAUCUCUGAGAUUACUGCCGGGGGACUGCUGGCUUUUCUUUUCCGAAGUCAUUUCAUCAGUGCAUGAGAGGCAUAACCUGGCUGUCGUGCUCCUUUUAAAGAAUAUAAAAAAAGAAAA